ACCGGGCCACCAGGCGGAGCAGCAGGCACCGGGCCACCAGGCAGGGCAGCAGGCUCCGGGCCACCAUGCAGGGCAGCAGGCUCUGGACCACCAGGCAGGGCGGCAGGCACCGGGCCACCAGGCGGAGCGGCAGGCACCGGGCCACCAGGCAGAGCGGCAGGCACCGGCCCCCAGGCGGAGCGGCAGGCACCGAGUCAUCUGGCAAGACCGCAGGCACCGAGUCAUCUGGCAAGACCGCGGGCACCGAGUCAUCUGGCAAGACCACGGGCCCUGAGUCAACUGGCACGACAGCGGGCACCGGGUCAUCAGGUACCGGAUCGUCUGGCUCGACGGCGGGCACCGGGUCAUCUGGCUCGACAGCGGGCAUCGGGUCACCAGGUACGACAGCGGGCACCGGGUCAUCAGACAUUGGAUCGUCUGGCACGACAGUGGGCCAGGCACUGGAUCGUCUGGCUCGACAGCGGGCAUCGGGUCACCAGGCAUCAGGUCAUCUGGCUCGACAGCGGGCACCGAGUCAUCUGGCAAGGCAGUGGGCACCAAGUCACCAGGCA